UCUAGGAAACAUCUACUCAGAGAUGCGCGAAUGCCUGAUUAUCCUGAGCAUCCUAGUCUCCAGUAGUGUGGCCAUAGCCAAGGAUCACUCGAACAAAACUCAUCACUGCUGCAAAGCUGUUCAAAAUGACAAGGGUAGCGGAAACGUGACAAAAAUAGGCCACUUCGCUCCAAAAGGCAUGCCAGAAAGGGCCAGGCGUUCAGUCAGUGGAGAUCGCGACCCUCGUGCAAAUUUAGCAAAGGCUCUCUUGGAUACCAGUUCCAAGGAAUUUCUACCAGCUAGGGGUCGGCGGGCAAACUUUGGAGAGCUCCGAGGUUUGAACUCUGCCGAGAACCCAUUUUGGGCCGCCAGGGGCCGGCGAGACUUUGAAUCAUCCAAAGAGGACCCAUUUUGGGCAGCUAGGGGUAAAAAACUGUUGGAAAAUUCAAUCGAGAAGGACGACCCAUUUUGGGCCGCUCGUGGAAAAAAGCUGCUAGAAAAUUCGAUUGAGAAAGACGAUCCCUUCUGGGCAGCCAGAGGAAAGAAGCUGCUUGAAGCCUCCGCCGAAGACCCUUUCUGGGCCGCGAGAGGCAAAAAGCUGCUCAAGUCAUCUUCCGCGGAGGAUCCGUUCUGGGCCGCCAGAGGCAAAAAGCUGCUGCUUGAAGCGUCUGCCGAAAACCCUUUCUGGGCAGCCAGGGGGAAAAAGUUGCUACUCGAUUCCUCGGCCGAAGACCCGUUUUGGGCUGCCAGGGGGAAAAAACUGAUCGAGUCGGCCGAGGACCCUUUCUACGCAGCUCGCGGCCGGCGCAUGGAGAAAAGCAAGGAGGCCUCUGGGUCCAAGGAAAACCCUUUCUGGGCCGCGAGGGGCAAAAGAGAAGACCCAAAGGUAAUGGACGGCUCAAGAGAAGUGGGAGUUUUGAAGCCGAGAGCAAACAGACAGCCUGGUGAGGAGUUUUGGCCGGCGAGGGGCAAAAGACCCACUCUGCCCUCGAACGUCAACAGCUUUCAGCACGUGUGGACGUACCCUGGAAGACUGGAGGAAGCCGUCAGCGACGACGACGUCGGCUUUUGGACCAGGUUUUUCGGUCUCGACGACGAGGACAGCAACGCGUCUGACGUGGUGGCGCAGAUCCUCGGCAUCAGGACCAACACGCAGAAGAUUAAAAAGCAAAUGGGCAGAAACGCCCCCGCUGUCAACCCUUGGUACUCAACCGACUUUUGGGCCACCAGGGGAUGAGCAGUUGCUUGACGAGGCAUGUUAUUCAAUUACGGGCUGCUGGACGAUAUCAUGCACAUGUUGUCACUGAAUGCUGAUGAGCUUGGAAAUCAAUAAAACAAAAA